AUGCGGGGACGGAACGCCACCAAGGUCAGCGUGUUCGUCCUGCUGGGCUUCCCCACGGCCCCUCGGCUGCAGUACGUGCUCUUCCUCGUCUUCCUGAUCACCUACCUCUUCGUCCUGGUGGAGAACCUCGUCAUCAUCGUCACCGUCCACCGCAGCGCCCCCCUCCACAGGCCCAUGUACUACUUCCUGAGCACUCUGUCUGUCCUGGAGGUCUGGUACGUGUCUGACAUCAUCCCCAAGAUGCUGGGGGGGUUCCUCCUGCAGCAGAAACUCAUCUCCUUUACCGGCUGCAUGACCCAGCUCUACUUCUUCAGCUCCCUGGUGUGCACCGAAUGUGUGCUCCUGGCCUGCAUGGCCUAUGACCGCUACGUGGCCAUCUGCCACCCCCUGCGCUACCAAGUCAUCAUGACCACGGGGCUCUGCGUCCGGCUGGUGGCCUCCUCCUUCAUCAGCGGCUUCUCCAUCUCUGUCAUCAAGGUGUACUUUAUCUCCAGGGCCACGUUCUGUGGCUCCAACGUCCUGAACCACUUCUUCUGUGACAUUUCCCCCAUCCUCAAGCUGGCCUGCACCGACUUCUCGACGGCGGAGCUGGUGGACUUCAUCCUGGCCUUCAUCAUCCUGGUGUCGCCCCUGGUGGCCACCGUGCUGUCUUACGGGCACAUCACCCUGGCCGUCCUGCGCAUCCCCUCGGCCACGGGCCGCUGGAGGGCCUUCUCCACCUGCGCCUCCCACCUCACCGUGGUCACCAUCUUCUACACGGCCUUGCUUUUCAUGUAUGUCCGGCCCCAGGCCAUCGAUUCCCGGAGCUCCAACAAGCUCAUCUCUGUUCUCUACACUGUCCUCACCCCGAUAAUCAACCCCUUGAUCUACUGCCUGAGGAACAAAGAAUUUAAGGCUGCCUUGAGAAAGGCUCUGGGCUUUGGUCAAGUUCCCACGUAG